CACUGCGCAUGCGCGGCUCAGGAGGCGCAGCGUGGCGAUCGCCAGUGCGCUGUGUCCCUCGGACACAGCGGAUCACGGAAACAGCCGAAGAUGUCGGCUCGGUCAUGUGAUCAGCUGUGUCCAAUCACAGCUGAUCACAGGGCACUGAUGAUCAGUGUGCCCUGAUGAUCAGUGUGGCCCCAGAAGUGGCACCUGCCAGUGCCCAUCAGUGCCACAUGCCAGUGCCCAUCAGUGCCACAUGCCAGUGCCCAUCAGUGCCACAUGCCAGUGCCACAUAUCAGUGCAUACCAGUGCACAUCAAUGCCACAUAUCAGUGCCCAUCUGAGCUGCCUUUCAAUGUCACCCAUCAGUGCCAGUCAGUGCCACCUAUCAAUGCCAAUCAAUGCCACCUAUCAGUGCUGCCAAUC